AUGCUGCGGCGGGUUUUGGGGGGCCGGCGACGGGGGGCUCUGCCCCCCCAUCCCCCUGCCCGGGCCGCCGCCGACCAGACCCCGCCUGACCUGGCCCGGGAGCGCUCCAAAGCCGUCACCUCCUUCUACCACCAGCCUGCCAUCGAUGUCGCCGCCGAGAAGCCUUCGGUGCGUUUGACCCCCACCACCAUGUUGUACUCGGGGCGCUCGCAGGACGGCAGCCACAUACUGAAGAGCGCCCGCUAUCUCCAGCAAGAGCUGCCGGUGCGCAUCGCCCACCGCAUCAAGGGCUUCCGCAGCCUCCCCUUCAUCAUCGGCUGCAACCCCACCAUCCUCCACGUGCACGAGCUGUACAUCCGUGCCUUCCAGAAGCUCAGCGAUUUCCCGCCUAUCCAGGCGCAGGGCGACGAGGCGCGCUACUGCGCGCUGUUGCGGCAGCUGCUGGAGGACCACAAGGACGUAGUGACGCUGUUGGCCGAGGGCUUGCGUGAAUGUCGACGACACAUCCAGGACGAGCGGCUGCUGCGACCCUUCCUGGACAAGACGCUGACGUCGCGGCUGGGGAUGCGGAUGUUGGCUGCGCAUCACCUGGCCCUGCACGAGGACAAGCCCGACUUCGUGGGCAUCAUCUGCACCCGCCUCUCCCCCAAAAAGCUCAUCGAGAAGUGGGUCGACUUCGCCCGGCGGCUGUGCGAGCACCAGUACGGGAACGCGCCGCGGGUUCGCAUCAACGGGCACGUGGCGGCGCGGUUCCCCUUCAUCCCCCUGCCCCUCGACUACGUCUUGCCCGAGCUGCUCAAGAACGCCAUGAGGGCGACGAUGGAGUCCCACCUCGACACCCCCUACAACGUCCCCGACAUCGUGGUGACCAUCGCCAACAACGACAUUGACCUCGUCAUCCGGAUCUCUGACCGCGGCGGUGGCAUCCCCCACGAUCUCCUGGACAAGGUGACCGAGUAUCACUUCAGCACGGCCGAGGCCAGCGCCCAGGACCCUCGCUUGGGAGGUCCCUUCCGCAACCUCCUGGACCUCAGCAACAGCGGCCAAGCCGGCCCCAUGCACGGGUUCGGAUUCGGGUUGCCCACCUCGCGGGCCUACGCCGAGUAUUUGGGGGGCUCGCUCUGCCUGCAGUCGCUGCAGGGGGUGGGCACCGACGUCUACUUGCGCCUCCGCCACAUCGACGGAAAGGGGGAGAGCUUCCGAAUCUAGGGGGGGGGGACGGCGGCCCGGACGCCUGGGUUCCCGCUGCCCCACCACCCCAGACGCCUGGGUCCCAGAGACCCCCCGUGUUGGACGUUCAUCAUCGCGGAGGUCAAAGUGGACCUGGAGAACCCCCCCGUGUUGGACGUUCAUCAUCGUGGAGGUCAAAGUGGACCUGGAGAACCCCCCCGUGUUGGACGUUCAUCAUCGUGGAGGUCAACGUGCUCCUGGAGAGCCCCCCCCGUGUUGGACGUUCAUCAUCGCGGAGGUCAACGUGCUCCUGGAGAACCCCCCCGUGUUGGACGUUCAUCAUCGCGGAGGUCAAAGUGGACCUGGAGAACCCCCCCACGUUGGACGUUCAUCAUCGCGGAGGUCAAAGCGCUCCUGGAGAACCCCCCCACGUUGGACGUUCAUCAUCGUGGAGGUCAAAGCGCUCCUGGAGAACCCCCCCGCGUUGGAUGUUCAUCAUCGUGGAGGUCAAAGUGGACCUGGAGAACCCCCCCGUGUUGGACGUUCAUCAUCAUGGAGGUCAAAGCGCUCC